AUGGAUUAUUUCCUCGGGUCUUCCUUACCUGCAACGGCACUCAAAGGGACUAUCGAAAACACCUUAGGCGCUGGAUUCCUGGGUCUUAUUGCUGCGUCCAUCGUACUUGAUGCAACACAUCUUGCGAUCACAAUACAUGGGUUGUAUUAUUAUAUCAUUCAACAGUUUGGAAAUGUCAUUGGGCUACAAAGUAUCAUAUGGAGUUUCAAGGUCAGUUCGCGUCGUAGCUCAGUGUUAAUUCUGGUGGUAGCUGACAAAAUUUACUGGAAGGUUCAAAUCACUCUCAAUGUAAUAAUUAUAAUCAUGGUCCAAUCCUUAUACACGCUCAGAGUGUGGAAACUUGGAGGGCACAAUUUCGGUUCCACGUUCGCAAGGUUUUUGCCUAUAGGUAUCUCAAUAAUUGUGCUCGGCGGAGCUGCGCUUGCUCUCUAUCAGCACUUGUUACUGAAUAUCAUUCCUGCUGACCAAAUCUACGUGGCUAUGUUGAACGCAAGACGUUCAGGAAAAGACAACGACUCUAGCUCCUUCAGCAUCGCUAAGCUUAUGAACUUAAGGCGCCGUCGGACAGAGAGACCUAGUGCCACUCAUGUUGAAACUGUCGCAGACCAGGCGAGUCGGUUCGAUUCUGUUGCGAUGUCAUCUAUUGGAUAUAAAGCCAGAUUAGAUGACGAUCUGGAUGCCAAUGGCGGCCAAGACGCAGACGGGUCGAAUCGUAUUGGAGGAAUUAGCAUCCAUCGUAUAGAAGAAAGAAAAUACGAUGAAGGCGAUAAAAAGUGGAGUCCUGUGUAA